CGCUCGUUCAUUGGUCGCUGUAAGUCACGUGCGCGGUUUCCCAUAGCAACUAGAAAACGCUUUGCCAAUUCUGCCGACCGAAACAGAAAGUAUCGGAAACCGGGCACCAUGUACGACACGGUAGAGCCGAACGUCAUAGACGAUGAGAUGCUGAAAAAUGCCGUGGAGCAACAAGGUCCGCGAGAGGAAGCCGGCCGCAUCGCCAAGAUGGAGGGCAUCAACUUCAAGGACGUCAUUAGCUUACGCCUCGAUUUUAAGAACAUCCUGAAGAUAGACAACCUGUGGCAAUUCCACAAUUUGACCAAGCUCCAGCUGGACAACAACAUCAUCGAGAAGAUCCAGGGUCUGGACACAUUGGUUCAUUUAGUUUGGCUUGAUCUGUCUUUCAACAACAUCGAGGUGAUUGACGGCCUGAACACUCUCAGCAAACUGGAGGAUCUCAGUCUGUACAACAACCGCAUCUCAGUCCUAGAGAACAUGGACAGUCUGAAGAAUCUACAGGUCCUGUCUAUAGGAAACAACAACCUCACGUCACUGGAAAAUCUCAUCUACCUGCGCAGAUUCAAGCAUCUGAGGACCCUAAAUCUGUCAGGAAAUCCCCUCUGUGAAAAAGAACACUUUAAGUUAUUUGUAGGGGCUCAUCUGCCAGACCUGGUGUACCUGGACUUCAGACUCAUCGAUGAGAAUAUAAGGGACAUUGCUAAUGUGAAGUACCAGUAUUCUAUCGAGGAGCUGAAUCACAAUGAGACCCUGGAGAGAGUAAAGAGAGAAGAAGAAGAAGAGAAACAGCGAGAGCUGGAUAGACACAAGGCUGCCUAUGUGGAGUAUCUAAACGGCCCCUACCUAUUUGAGAGCUUGUAUGCAGAGGAUGUGGAAGGAACCAGACUGUCAACUCUUCCUGCUGUGGCUGAACUCAUGGAAUCCUAUAGGACUAAGUGCACUGAGGUCUGCCGGAAUAUAUUCGAGUAUGGUCUCAAGCACCAAGAAAAGAGAGAAGCCGAGAUGGCGAUAUUCAAUGAAUGUCUGCAAGAGGCUGUGACAGAAAAUCAGGAGGCCGGAGCCCAGAAAAUACAAGAAUUAGAAAUAAAGAACAGUGAGCUGCUGUAUGAACUUUCCCAGAUCACAGAGCAGCAGAUUCUUGACGCUAAAUCCUUGCAGUACAGUCAGGAUGUGGCCCAGCUGACGGACAUGCUGUUAAACCUGGAGAUACAGCUGGUGGAUCAGCUCGAGGAAAUCAUUAAGGAGUAUGAGAGAAAUAUCGGAGAACUGGUGUCUACGUUCCUGGAAACCGUGCAGGGCCUAAUGGCUCAGAUCAGGGAUCUGGAGAACCAGCAUCACGAGAAGCUUCUGGAGCUGUGCAUUAACUUGCUGGAGAGAGUCCUGAAGGGGGAGAUGGAUGAAGACAUGACAGACGAACUGCGAGCGUUAUUUGUAGACAAGGACACAAUCAUCAAUGCGGUCAGCGCCUCCCACGACAUACACAUGCUGAAGAUCGACAACAGAGAAGAUGAAUUGGUCACCAAAAUCAACAACUGGGCUACAAACCUCAUACAGAAGGUACAUAGGGAAGAAGUGCAAAGGAAUCGGAAGCGGGUGGCAGAGAUCAACAUGUACAUUGAUCACCUGAGAGACGAGCUGGAUAACCUCGAUGCCCAAGAGCAAAUAUGACGGGCACAGACGGGUGCUGCGCCAAAGUUCCCUGGUCAGACUAUGAAGCCUGGAAGCAGUAACGGUGUUCCCAGGAGCUGGAAGAAUUGUUUUUUUAAUCCAUACAAACCACUAAGGGUACGUUCACGGAUGCUAAAAAAAACAAUGCAUGUAUUCAUUCUCUUUCUUGUUUCUGUAAUUUAUUUUUUUAGUGAUAAAAAGAAUAAAAUAAUAAUAACGCCAUUUUAUCAUAUUUAUCCAACAAGGAAAAUUUUUGUCCUGUUAUAGCAAAAACCAAUUGAAUGUUUUGUUUUUUUUGAAGGGUGGAGAUGCGGUUAUGGAGCCUGAAAUAGUAUUUACUAUGAUUCACCAGUCCAUAGAUUACAAUGGGAAAACUGGUUCUAGGUUUAUAUAUACACGUUACCUUUCUUUUUAUUGCUGUAAUGCAUCUGCAAAUAUAUAAAUUAAGAGAA